UUCAAAAUUUCGAAUAGGAUUAAAUCUCAAAAUUGGGUAUUUCAAAACUAGAAGCUGUGAUCUGGAUGGCAUAAGGAUUUUGUAAUCCAAUUCUAGAUCAAAUGUUGUUUUUCGGUAUUUCAAACAGUGGAGAUUAGGAUAGGUUUGAUACUGAAAACUAGAUUUUGGUAGGAGUUGAGAAGGGUCGCGAGGAAGUGAAAUACAAUCCUGACGUUGUUUUCAGAUGUCUGAAUUGAAAUGAUGAAGAACGACUGGCGGAGACUCAGGAAGCCUCUGAGCCUGUGCUGAAGGCUCCUCCUUUCUCUCGGCAAACCACAGAAGAAGCUAGGAUGACCCAGGCAGUGGGCAGGCUGUGUUUCUGCAACAAAACGGCGCUGGCGCCGAUGGUCCGGGUCGGCACGUUACCCAUGAGGCUUCUGGCCUUGGACUAUGGGGCUGACCUUGUGUACUGUGAGGAGCUGAUUGACAUCAAAAUGGCACAGUGCACAAGGGUCCUGAAUGACGUUCUGGAGACAGUGGACUUUGUGGCUCCGGAUGACAGAGUGAUGUUCCGUACCUGCCAGAGGGAGAAGGAUCGUGUCGUCUUUCAGAUGGGCACCGCUGACCCUCAGCGAGCGCUGACCGUCGCCCAGCUCGUCGAGAAUGACGUAGCUGCCAUUGACGUGAACAUGGGCUGUCCAAAAGAAUACUCCACCAAGGGAGGAAUGGGGGCGGCGCUCCUCUCCGACCCGGACAAGAUCGAAGCCAUAUUGAGCACCCUGGUCAAAGGAGUCUCCAAACCUGUGACGUGUAAAAUCAGAAUUCUGCCCUCGAUGGAGCAGACCGUUGAUCUGGCCCGGAGGAUCGAGAGGACAGGUGUGGCGGCCAUUGCAGUUCACGGCAGGACCAAGGAGGAGCGGCCCCAGCACCCUGUGCACUGUGACGCCAUUCAGGCCGUGGCUCAAGCCGUGUCCGUCCCCGUGAUCGCAAACGGAGGCUCUCUGGACCUGGUGAAGAGCCACCAGGACAUCCAGUCGUUUCGGGAGGCAACAGGAGCGUCCUCCGUGAUGCUGGCCCGGGCGGCCAUGUGGAACCCGUCUGUGUUCCGCAGCCAGGGGGCGCUGUCCACGGAGCACGUCAUGGAGGACUACAUCCGCUAUGCUGUGCGCUAUGAGAACCAUCCCUCCAAUACCAAGUACUGCCUGUGUCAGAUGCUGAGAGACAAGGUGGAGUCACCCCUGGGGAAACGGCUGCACGCGGCCCAGACCAGCGCAGAGAUCUGUGAGGUGUUCGGUUUGGAGGAGUUCUGCGCCGAGAGUCGGGCCCGUCUGCUAGCGCGGCAGAAAGCGCUAAACGGAGACUCGCACCCAGCGGACGACCUCACCAUGGAGGGCGAUGUCGCCACCAUGCCCGUCAGAUUCGACAGGAGGGAGUACCCACCGCAGAUCACUCCCAAGAUGCACCUGCUGGAGUGGAGCCGGAGGGAGAAGCUGGAGCAGCCGGCAUACGAGACGGUCCAGCGAGCACUUGACAGGGGUUUCCAAUCUACUGUGACAGUGGCUGACAAGAAAUACAGGUCUACCUUGUGGGAGAAGUCGAAGAAGCUGGCGGAGCAGGCCGCGGCCGUGGUGUGCUUGCGCGCGCUGGGCGUGCCCGAGGGCCGGACUGGCGAGCCCGACUCGGGGCUCGUGGGCAAGCGGAAGUGGGAGGAGAAGAGGAGUGACGAGUCGGAGGAGGAGAAGGGCGCUCCCGCCAGGGCCCCCGAUGCCUCCCGCUCCGCCUGCAGGAAGAGGCACCUGUCCAAGACCCCUCCACAGGAGGAGGUGAAGGGAUAGGGGCCCCCCCGCCCGCAGUCCCCCGUGCCCUGACCGGAGCACAGACAAGCUCAGCCUGCCGGGGAAUUGUGGGUAAUGUGCUGCAGGCAGGAUUUCCAGCAAAGCUUCACGCUUCAGCGCUGGGCUUAUCGGCAGUCAGUCUCAUUAAAGACGCCCAUGCCCUCCGAGCCCACACCUGGGUCUCCGCCCACCUUCAGCCGGAGGGUCCGUCUGCCUCUGUCCUACGGGGCUUCACACAUCCACCCAUUCAACUCUCCCCACGCCUUCCAGUGAUCGGCAUAACUCUGGCUUUCCAAAUCUCUGUUUUCUUUUCUUUCUUUUUUUCCCCCCUUUUUUUCAGUUUCAUUUUUCAAGGUAAUGUGCACCUUGUUUUUAUGUCUUCAGAAAGCAUUUUUGCCUUUUAAUAAGCCUUGAGCCUUUAAGUUACCUAAUCAUAGAUUUCCCCUCUGCUCAAGAAGGACGAUUGUCCCUGUACCAUGAAUUAUUAUUUGAGGAAAUAAGGUAAGAAAUACCAGGACCAGUAUGCAUCCGGAGGUUUAGAAAUUAAAAAACCCCAAGAAGCAGGUUUUUACUAGGAGCGGCUUAACAAGGGAACCCAAGCUUGGGUGCUGCCAUUGACACUCUUUUAAUGUAACAAAUGCACAAGGAUUACAAAACCCAUCAGAUUUUUCCCCCUUUGACUGAAAGAAGGGGUGCAAAAAAUUGAUGCAUUUCAUAGCCAGGAAAUGAAAUUACAUCUGAAGUGUACUUUUCUGUCCUAUUUUGGAUGACAUUAAUUUCGCCAGAGUAAUUUAGUUGCAUUUAUGGUGUUAACCAGAAGAGGGCAGCAUAGACCACUAUUGAAUGGAGAAAAUCCAGGCAUUACAGGUGUAGUUGGAACAUAAAACUGUCUUAAUAAACCGUUUGGAAAAAGUCACCAUGUACAGUAAGAUAUUUAUUUUAUUAAAAUAUGAUUUUUUUAAAGGUGAGCAUGUCUAGAGCAUGGUGAUGUAUUGGAGUACUAUGUUUGUCAGGAGUGGGGUCAGACUGGAAUUAAUGGCAUAGGGUCUAAGAGGAGUCUGUUCUUCAGAUCAUUUGUGCAGAAGCCGGUCUGGCAAAUCUUAAUAAAUAAUUGUGGUAUCAGCUGCACUCUAA